AUGAGCAGAAGAGAGAAAACUGGUGGGAAAGCCAGGGCUAAGGCUCACUCAUCCAGGUCAGGACUCCAGUUCAAGGUCGGUCAUGUUCAAAGACUGCUGUACAAAGGAAUCUACACCGAGCACGUUGGUGCUGAUGCCCUGGUCUACUUGGCCAUUGUGCUCGAGUACCUUACAGCUGAGAUCCUUGAGCUGGCUGGAAAUGCUUCUCGGGACAAUAAGAAGACCCGUAUCAUUUUCUGUCACCUGCAGCUUGCACUGGGCAGUGGGAAGAAGCCUCACUGCUACAGGCCUGUCACAGUGGCCCUGAGAGAAAUCCGCCGCUACCAGAAGUCCACCAAGCUUCUGAUUCACAGACUGCCCUUCUAG